CAUUGCAGCCUCCUGACAGCUAACCCAGGAGACCUGUAGCCUUGAGGCGUCAACCGCCUGGGCUCCUGGAGAAUGCACAAUCGGACCUAGGGAACGUGCGAAGGCGCGUGAGCUGACAGGGCGCGGCCGCCGCAGGCUCCUGCUGGGGUGGGUCCGGAACCUGCGCGCGGGGGAACCUUCGGCUCCGGGUCCAGGUUGCGCGAGGCGCGUGUUUGCCGCACGGUUUCCGGCGUUCCCUUCCGGCUCACGCGGCGCCGCGUUGCGAGCUGUUGACAGCCAUGGCGCCUCCGGUGUGGCGGCGGCGGACCCUGGAGCGCUGUCUGCGGGAGGUCGGCAAGGCCACCGCCCAGCCCGAGAGCUUCCUCACGAUUCAAGAUAGAUUGGCAUCAAAAUUCACUUCUUUAACGAAAGUACUUUAUGAUUUUAAUAAGACACUCGAGAAUGGCAGGCUCCACGGGAGUCCUUUACAGAAACUCGUGAUAGACCAUUUUGAUGAUGAGCAGAUUUGGCAACAGCUGGAACUGCAAAAUGAACCAGCUUUACAGUUCUUCCAGAGCGCAGUGGGGGAAGCGGCCGAGGACAGCGACAUCAGUCUCCUCCCUGCGAGUGAGGAAGUGGGGUGUGAGGAUGGCGGCUCCGAGGUGGGGGCCAGUGACCAGGAGCACAUGGAACAAGAUUCAGAGGAGGAGGAAGUGUCAGAUGAGGGCACAGAGUAUCCAAAAGGGGGUGAGAGCGCACAGAACACAGGCAGAUGUGAUCGGAGGAAAAGUCCGGUUUUCAGCGACGAGGACUCUGACCUUGACUUUGACAUCAGCAAGUUGGAACAGCAGCGUGAGGUGCAGGCCCCAGGACCUGGGAGACCGGGAGAGAAGUCCAUCGUAGAUGAUAAGUUCUUCAAACUGUCCGAAAUGGAGGCCUUUUUAGAAAGUGUAGAAAAAGAAGGAGAAUGGAAAGAGGAGGAAGAGGAAGAUGUUGAUUUUUUUGACGAUGUUGAUUCUGAUGAAGAUGAAGAACUGUUGGGAAGUCAAAAACUUAAGUCAGGUAAAAGUUCCAGAAACCUGAAAUACAAAGAUUUCUUUGACCCAGUUGAAAGCGAUGAAGACCCAACAAGUGUGCAUGAUGGUGAGCUCGGUUCCGAUCAAGACGAGGAGACGGUGGAGGCCACGGCUGCAGAAGGGGCUUCUGACACGGGUGAAGACAGUGACUUCGAAGGGAGUGAAGACAGUGGACCACAUAAAGAAAAUUCGAAAAGAGUGACUUUUGCUUUACCAGAUGAUGAAGAAAUUGAAGACACAAAUGUUUUAGAUGUAAAAACCAGUUUUGACGAAGUUAAAUCCUCUUUUGAAAAAAGACAGGAAAAGAUGAAUGAAAAAAUCGCAUCCUUAGAGAAAGAAUUGUUGGAAAAAAAGCCUUGGCAGCUGCAGGGGGAAGUGACAGCCCAGAAACGUCCGGAAAACAGCCUCCUGGAAGAGACCCUGCACUUCGACCACGCCGUGCGGAUGGCUCCUGUGGUCACGGAGGAGACCACCCUCCAGCUGGAAGACAUCAUCAAGCAGAGGAUCAGAGACCAGGCUUGGGAUGACGUAGCGCGUAAGGAGAAGCCUAAAGAGGAUGUGUUUGAGUAUAAGAAGCGUCUGACGCUAGACCACGAGAAGAGUCAGCUGAGCCUGGCUGCAAUCUACGAGCAGGAGUACAUAAAACUCAGCCAGCAAAAAACGGAGGAGGAAGAAAAUCCAGAGCAUGUGGAAAUCCAGAAGAUGAUGGAGUCCCUGUUCCUGAAGUUGGACGCACUCUCCAACUUCCACUUCACCCCCAAGCCGCCUGUCCCCGACAUCAAGGUGGUAUCCAACCUGCCCGCCAUCACCAUGGAGGAGGUGGCCCCCGUGAGCGUCAGUGACGCGCAUCUCCUGGCCCCGGAGGAGAUCAAGGAAAAAAACAAAGCUGGAGAUGUGAAGACGGCUGCUGAGAGGACGGUCACAGACAAGAAACGGGAGCGCAGGAAAAAGAAGUACGAAAAGCGGUUGAAAACAAAGGAGAAGGAGAAGCGGAGAAAACUACUUGAAAAGAGCCACCCAGAUGAGGCCCGAAAAUACAGCAGAGCCGAGGCUUCGGAGAAGUUAAGACAGCUGACCCGGACGGGCACGGCGUCCUUGCUGAAGGACGAAGGUAAACACAAAGCCCUAAAGUCAUCUCAAGCGUUCUUUUCUCAACUACAAGAUCAAGUGAAAAUGCAAAUUAGUGAUGCGAAGAAAACAGAAAAGAAGAAGAAGAAACGGGAUAUUUCUGUUCAUAAGCUGAAACUGAUGUCUUGAAUACAGCGUAAAUACUGUCACGUAGGCUUACAUUCUGUCGCUGUUGUGUUUUCUAAUAAAAGUGUUGAGGGGACA